AGAAUCGCGUUGCGCAUUUUAAGACUUUAUUAAAGGAAGACUGAGAGACUUAUUGUUGACCUUAAUGAGUGCUAUUGUGUUGUGUAUGCUUCGUUGCUAAGUUUCAGUUUGACUUGGUAGUUACACCUCGCUCACAAUUCUCAUACUGCAUUGUACUGUGAUCGAUCAAUGGAGAGAGCGAAGGAACACGUCGAGCAAAUACGGAGGAGCAAAUUCUCGAUCGGAGGAGCACCCAACCCUCUGACGGAGGACCUCCACCAAGCCGUUAGGAACCUCUCUGCCGAGCUCUACGCUAAGGACGUUCACUUCCUCAUGGAACUCAUCCAGAACGCAGAAGAUAACCAGUAUGAUGGAGGAGUGGAUCCCACCCUUGAUUUCAUUAUAACUUCGAAGGACAUAACAGGCACUGGUGCUACAGCCACUUUGCUCAUCUUCAACAAUGAAAUUGGCUUUUCUACUCGAAACAUCGACUCUAUAUGUAGUGUUGGACGCUCUACUAAGAAAGGCAACAGAAUUAAGGGUUAUAUAGGGGAGAAAGGGAUUGGGUUCAAGAGUGUAUUUCUGAUCACUUCUCAGCCAUAUAUUUUUAGCAAUGGGUAUCAGAUACGGUUCAAUGAAGAGCCGUGUCCACAUUGUGGUCUCGGCUACAUAGUUCCUGAAUGGGUUGAGGAGAAACCAACGCUUCUCGACAUCAAACAGAUAUAUGGUGGCGGUGACACACUCCCAACCACAACAAUUGUGUUACCACUUAAGCCAGACAAAAUUGCACCAGUGAAACUGCAGCUCUCCACCAUUCAUCCUGAAGUUCUGUUAUUCCUUUCCAAGAUCAAGCGCCUUACAGUCAAGGAAGACAAUGAUGAUCCUAAGCUCAACACAAUAAGUGCUGUUUCUAUUUCGAGCGAAGUUAAUUUCAAGACAAGCAAAAACAUCAAUGCCGAGUCCUACACACUCCAUCUUUCAGAGGAGGAGAAUGGUGACUCUGAAAAGGAAUGCAGCUACUACAUGUGGAAGCAGAAAUUUCCUGUCAGAUCAGAGAAUAGAGUGGAAAGGAGAAUGGAUGUUGAUGAGUGGGUUAUAACAUUGGCUUUUCCAAAUCAUGAGAGGCUUCAAAGGGGAAAUACGUCACCUGGGGUCUAUGCAUUUCUUCCCACAGAGAUGGUGACCAGCUUUCCUUUCAUAAUUCAAGCUGAUUUUGUGCUGGCUUCAUCGAGGGAGACAAUCCUGUUGGAUAAUAAAUGGAAUCAAGGGAUACUCAGCUGUGUCCCUACUGCUUUCAUGGAGGCAUUCAAAUCCCUCAUUAUUACAACAAAUGAUGUUCCAUUGUUUAAUUUGCCGCGGAUGUUUCAGUUUCUUCCAGUCAAUGCCUCUUCCUAUGCGGAAUUAAAUGUUGUGAGGGAUGAAAUAAAAGCAAUGAUGGCCCAAGAAAAUAUUAUUCCCAUUGAGACAUACACCCAGCAGAAGCACUUUUACAGGCCUUGUGAUGUUGGUAGGUUAUUGCCUGCUUUUUGGGAUAUUUUGACCAGUGCUCGUGAGAACGGAAUAACUUUUCAUAAUCUAUCUAGCCAUGGAAGAUAUAUUCUUUGUUCUUCAUUUGACAAAGCUAAAUAUGACCAGAUACACAGUUUCUUAGGAGUCAAACUAGUGAGCAAUGAAUGGUAUGCCAAGUGCAUCCAGAGUUCGAAUCUUGUGGAGGGAGUGUCAGAAGAUGUCUAUCUAAAGCUUCUACUUUUUGUUGCUACUAACUGGGCGUCCAGAUUUGCUUGUUCUGAUAUGGGGAACUUACCAUUGAUAAAAUAUGUUGGUUCUAAUGGGAAUAUUUCCCAGUUCAGUGUAAAUGAGUGCAGAUAUCAUCAGAACCCCAAGGCAAUUUUGUUAGCCGAUCAAAAUCAUUCUCGUGUUAUCUCAUGGCUAAUUGAUUGGAAUAAGGAAUUUCAGUGUGUAUCCCAUCGUUACUUUAUGCCUGAGAACAUACAACAAGCAAUGUGGGCAUUCCCCAAGAGACAAACGUUGAUGGAAUGGCUAGAGCAUGAAGUCAAUGUAUCUACCUUGGGUUUAUACAAGUUCGCAGUUUGUCUGAGCAAAUCUCUCAAGAAUCACAAGCUUGUCAUCACAUAUGCUCACUUCUUGUAUCACUCUUUUUCAACGGGUUAUUUGACACCUCGUGAGGUAGGUGACCUGUGCAGUUCUAUGCCACUUGUGGACAAUUAUGGGAACGUGAAAACAAGCAGAGGCGGAGUGGUAGUUCCUGCCAAUGGGAGCAAAUGGGCAGACUUGGUUGUUUCCAAUCCAUGGACAAAUGAUGGUUUUGUUGAAUUAGGAGAAGAGUACAUGCAUCCUUGUUGUGCAGGUCAAUCUUCACGUAAAAAUGAACUUUUGGACUUCCUUCGCAAAUUUGCUGGAGCUUCUGAUGUACCUUACAUAUCUGCUCCAUUUUAUGGGAUUUCUGGUGUAGAUACGCCACUUACUAAGGAAAAUGUUUUCUUGCUUUUGGAUUGGAUUCGUAACCUGAAAUCUAAGGGUAUGAAUCUACCUGAGAGGUUCGUAAAUUCCAUAAAGCAAGGUAGUUGGCUUAAAGUCACUGUCAAUGGAUACAGGCCACCUUCACAGUCAUUUCUAGUUGGUUCUUCCCUCGGAAUCAUUUUGCAGAAUGGAUCUGCUCUUGUCGACAUUCCUCUAGUUGAUGAGGAGUUCUAUGGGCAGAAAAUAUUGGAGUACAAGGCAGAACUGGGAACAGUGGGAGUUAUGUUUAGCUAUGAAGAAGCGUGUAACUUUAUUGGUAAACGACUUAUGUCUCGCGCAGCAUCUUUCACUUUGAGUAAAGGCCAUGUGCUUUUGAUACUUGAGUUUAUUCGGUAUCUACGGGUAAAAAUGCUUCCCGUAGAUCAAUUUGUGAACAGCAUUAGACGAGGAAGUUGGCUAAAGACAUCACAUGGUUAUAGGUCACCCGUUGGUUCUGUUUUGCAUGAUUCAGAGUGGCAAACUGCAUCACAAAUUAGUGAUAUACCUUUCAUCGACAAGGCUCACUACGGUGAAGAAAUAUACCGUUUCAAAGACGAGCUUGAGUUGCUUGAUGUCGUAGUUGGCUUCCAUAAUAGUUACCAGCUCGUAAUAGACAACUUGAAAUCACCGUCGUGCUUGAAAUCUUUGACGGCUAAUGCUGUUCUCUUGAUUCUGGAAUGUAUUCGUGCUGCUGCUGAUAGCUCUGACAAACUGGUUAAUGCCCUAAAAGCAGCCAAUUGUUUGAAGACUAAUAAUGGCCUUAAAUCUCCUGGUGAAUGUUUCUUACCUGAGCCUGCAUGGCGAUGCAUUCUUGAUGUGUUCACUGGUUUCCAUGUCAUUGAUCUUGGUUUCUAUGGAGAAAAGAUUUUCAUAUAUAAGAAAGAGCUGAAGAAAGCCGGAGUUGUGGUUGAUUUUGAAGAGGCAAUGAAAACAUUUGGUGAUGUGUUCAAGAAAAAAGCAUCACAGACUGACAUAAACAAAUGUCAUGUCGAGUCAUUUCUAUCGUGCUGCAGACAAGUGAAAGAAGCUGAGUACAAGUUUCCUUCUGAGUUUUUAGGAAUCUUAAGUACUUCCAAAUGGUUGCGAACUCGGGUUGGUGAUUAUAAGUCUCCAGGGGGCUGUAUUUUAUUUGGUCCAGAUUGGAAAUCUCUCUCUGCGAUUACUUGUCUCCCUUUCAUUGAUGACAGUGACAGUUGUUAUGGCAUGGGGAUACAUGAGUAUAAGGAGGAGCUGAAGAAUAUGGGGGUUAUUACCGAACUGAAACUUGGUGUAGACUUUGUUUCAAGCUGUCUCAGGUUUCCAUCAGAUCCUUCCAGCAUAACUCCUGAGAGUGUCCUAUCAUUGUUGGAAUGCAUUCGGCUAUUACUUCAGCGCAGUCAUUCUCUUAAUGAGGACUUCAAGAAAAGAUUAUCUAAACAAUGGUUGAACACCAAUGCUGGUCAUAGGACCCCAGAUAAAUGUUUGCUGUUUGGUUCUCAGUGGAAUUCGUUUCUUAAACCAAUGGAUGGACCUUUCAUCAAUGAGAACUUCUAUGGAGCUAAAAUUGCAGAGUACGAGAAAGAACUCUGUGAAAUUGGAGUUAUUACUGAUGUCAAGAAAGGAUGCUCGUUAAUUGCCAGCAACAUAGAUUUACAUUCCGACUAUCCCACCAUUGUACGAAUAUACAGGUACUUGAAAGAACACCAUUGGAUACCAGAGAAUGGGGGCAACAGGAUUUGGGUUCCCAAGGGAGAUGAUAAUGGAGAGUGGGUCAAUCCCAAAGAAUGUGUCAAAUGUGACAAGAAUGAAUUAUUUAGUUCGAGGUUAUAUGUUCUUCGAAAGUAUUAUGAUAAAGACUUGUUUCCUCUCUUCUCGGAUAUGGGUGUCAGGGGCGAGCCAUCACUUAUUGAUUAUAUUGAGUUAUGGAAGGAAUGGGAGAGUUCCGGGAAAAAAAUUUCACAGGAUGAAUGCUGCAAGUUCUGGACUUACCUUUUGCAACACAGAACCAAGAAGUCAGAGACGAUGAUUGCUGAGAAUUUGAUGAAGCUACCUGCUACAUCAGACUCUGAUAAAGUAGUUUUGCUAGAGAAGCGUGAUGUAUUUGUUGCUGAUAACCUUCACUUGAAGAAUCUUUUUCAGCAAGAUGGUGUAUUUGUCUGGUAUCCUAAGCAAAGCUUGGCAUCAUUGCCCAGGUCAGAAUUGUUAGACUUGUACAAGAAAAUUGGUGUGCGCACCAUAUCUGAGUCUGUUCUCAAGGAAGAAUCAUCCUUAGUAGAUGAUGGAAAAUUCACACAAGUGGACCCAAGAAAUGUUUUCAACGGGAAAGGGUUGGUUAAACUUAUUCUUGGAUUUCUUGCAUGUUCUAGCCUCAGAAUGGAAGCAGAGAAAAGGCAUGAAGCUGUUCAAGGUAUUCUUAACCUCACUGUCUGUGAGACAAUGGAGCAAGUCACUGUAAGCUAUAGUUUGCCAUUAUCAUCAGGGGAUGUCAUUACUAGGGAGGCAAACAGGAUGAUACGUUGGGAAAGGGAAAGUGAAAGCUCAAAACUCUUCACUCAAAAGAUGGACUGGAGCAGCGGAAAAGCAAGCAUGCUAAAAUAUGCUACAUAUUUCUGCGAAGCAAUCUCUGUCGGUGUACUGUCUGAGAAUGUUGAUCAUGUACCUGCUUUAUCCGAGUUGAUCAAAUUGGCUUUCGUGCUCAAGUUUGAUGAAGAAGCUGUUGAUUUCUUGAUGGAGUCCAAGGAUCUGCAGAUUUUUUGGGAGGAUGAAGAGUUCCUCAGUUCUGCCUUCCCAGUUGACUAGGUUUUAUGUAGUAUUGGGGCACUCUUAAAAUAUGCUGCUGAUUCACGGAUCAAAUAAUGGUAUUGUAUUGUUAAAUGAUUGCUGUUGAUUCGUGGAUGUUAUCGUUUAUCAUAGUGUAUGUGUUUGUUUAUAUUCGGUUUGGUUUGUACUUUCUUGUCGCACAAUUGUAAUUCGAGGUGCUGUAUGUUCCUGAUUUGGUGUCCUUUUACAUUUUGACCUUUGGGGUUCACUUCAUGGAAGUAUGGAACUCAGCAACAUGAUAAUUGCUCUUUAUUUAAGUAGUUAAGAACUGUAAAAGGAAUAAAUGCGUAGCAGCGAACAUUAUAGUUUGUGUA